AUGGCGUCAGUGAUCGUCAGGUCAGAAACACAGGGCUACUCAGUGGAGGGGAUGAGUGAACCUCUGCUCACCUUCCUACAGCACCUGAGAGAGUUUGGCCUCGUCUUCCAGAGGAAGAGGAAGUCUAGAAGGUACUACCCCACCAGGCUGGUCAUCACCCUGUCUGCUGGCGUCUCCGCCAACUCUUCCUCCACCGCUAUGGGCGCAGCCCCAGGGACUGGAGAUUCAGGUUUCAUCGUAGUGGAAAUUAACUAUCACCUCUAUCCCUAUACAAUUAUGAACCAACUAUCACCUCUAUACUUUUACAAGUGUGAACCAACUAUGACCUUUAUCCGUAUACAAGUAUGA